GCUCCCUCAUCCACAGAGCAGUGGGAGUUUACUGAGGAGAAACAGGAGGAACUCUGCUGUUUGGAUGGUUAGGAUUCUUCAGAUGAGGUAUCAGACUCCGGAUCAGCAGCUACUGAAACAACCGACAAACAUGGACAAACAAAAAGUGCUGGCCAGGCUGAUCUGGGACCUGCAGUCCUUCCUGUCUGUUCUGGACUCAGAGAACCUGAGUUAUAUCGCUCAGGCCCAGAAGAAAUCCAUCUCCGAGCUGCUGUCCACGCUGCAGACACACGACACCCCCGUGGAGGAUGCUGAGUACAUGAUCAUGAGCUGUCCAUCACUGUCUCCUAGCAACGAGCGGUUGGACACACCUGGGACAGAAAGUGUCCGGUCGUCUGAGCUGCUCUCACAGCAGAACUCGUCUGUGUGGCUGAGGAACGGGAUCCAGAGCCCCAUGGUGACACCGCACCCUCCAGGGGGUCUAGGAUGUGAUGACAGUGAAGAUGCCUACGAGGAGGCAGAACCUUAUGUACCUGCUGACACAACCAUGCCUAACACUGAGAAAGCAGAGUCAGACAGCAGCCACUAUGAGUCGUACGGUGAGGAAGAUGAUGAUGAGGGGGAGGAGUUCAUGAAAGACAGAGCUCACUACAUCCAAUGGAGCGCCUCGCAGCCCUGCCUGAGACCCACCCCCGAGUCGCGCCUCUGUGCUUACCUGUGGAGGAGGAAGUGGCUCGGACAGUGGACCAAACAGCUGUUCAUCGUCAGGAGCGAUGUGCUACUGUGUUAUAAGUGCGCUCGGGACCUGCUGCCUCAGCUGGAGUUGAACCUGCGUGGCUGUCGGCUCGUCUACAAGUUCAAGAUCAACAGGAAGAUCCACCACCAGCUCAAACUGGUGCUGCUGGGCUCUGAGACACUGGUGCUUGGAUACAGCAGCUUCCAGCAGGCCGACGAGUGGAGGAGGGUGAUAGAGGAGGUGAGUGCUGGAUGUGAAGAGACGUCAUCACCUCUGAUCAGAUCAGAGCAGCUGCUGUCCUGCAGGUCCAGUACAGUCCAGACUGACUCUGAGGAGGACAAACCUUCAUUUUUCAGCAGCUUCAACAAGGACAAAGGCUUUCUGAAUGUGCUGAUGAACUGCCAGUGGCAGAACCUACUGUGCCAGGUGGAGGACGGUCUCCUCAGCAUGUUCGGAGAGGAGGAGGAGGGAGAAGGGGAGGGGGAGAGGGAGCAACCUCCUCAGUACAGAGUCCAGCUCAGAGGCUGUGAGGUCCGAGCAGGGCCCGACACAGACUGCUCCUACAGGAUCACACUGAGCAUGCUCGGUGACCAGGUCGCCGUGCUGGAGGUCAGUAGUUCAGGGGAAAAGGAGCGGUGGUUGAAGCUGCUGCAGGACGGAGCUGCCAAUCACAGUCACCAUGGCAACGCCCCACUGUACACAGGUGGAGCUCUCAGUGGGCUGCAGACGCACAGGUUACCCACCUCCAACACCUACAUGGACAACCCCUUCCAUGUGUGUGGACCAGGCCGAGACCAGCCCAUCUACUCCAACACCUCCAUACUGGAGCACAUGCUCUUUGAGGAUUCUGUUCACUGCAGCUCCGUGUUGUCCAAAGACUCAGCGACCCACAGCAACACUGUCUCCUCCAGCCUCAACAUGAAGGUGGGUGAAGUGGAGCAGGGUGUUCAGAAGCUGAAGCUGACCGGGAAGAGGAUGGUGCAGCUGCGGACGGGCUCAGAAAACAACCUGGCGUCAGCUGGGAAGCAAAACAAACGCACCGCCUUCAGAAGGUCGUUGGCCGUCUGCGCUGAGCGCGCUCAGGCUGGUUUCCUGAACCCUCUGCUGCGACGGACAGCCUCAGCUAAAAGCUCCCUGAGGCAAGCUCCUUCAUCGCUGCUCAUCGAACAUUGAAAGGUUUUCCAGAGGAGGAAGGAGUGGGAGACCAAAGAUGUUGCUUGACUCCACGGCUGCAGUCAAACGUGGAGUUAUUUCAGACUGACUACAAGUUGCUUUGUUCAAAUGAUUGUCAGUGCUGUGGCCCAGCCACCUCACCCAGCUUCAUUUGUUCAACACUUUCUGUGCGGUGACUUUUUAAUGAUGGAGUUUUCUGAUGAAAUAUAGUUUGUCUGAGGAAGAGCUGUAAACACAGUGCACCUACAGAGUGCACAUACAGUGUGUGUGCUGUACUGUCUGGAGCUCCACUACAACACCUGUGAAAAACUUUCACCGUUUGUUUGCGGUUGUUGGGCCACAUUACAGGAUUCAUUUUGUCCACUAAUAAACAAGUGUAGAAAACAACAACCCACAAUUUCUGUUGUUCCAAAACAUGAUAAACAAGUACAGUGACAAAUGCAUCUGUCUGUCAAACUGCACCCGAAGCCACAGAUUCAGUCUGACUCUGUUAUUUGGUUUGUGAGUCAUGUUUUUCUUUGUGUUUCUAAGUUUUCUUGUUUAUUACAGCAAAUGGACAAAAGUUCCAGGACACAGAUUCUCUGAGACGUUUGCAGGACUUGGAGCUAAUGCUAGCUAGCUUGUUAGCCACAGCCAUGCUAACUCUGAAAACGCUGUUUAACACCAGGUGUUUUUAGGUCAUUGCGGUUAAAAUGUUGGACAGCACUGAAAGGUCAUCAGUGUAAAAAAGACUAAAUAUGUUUCUUUCCCUCUUUUUGUUCAGGGUUAAUUGAUUCUUCAUAUGUUAGCAUUAACUGUUAACUGGGUAAACAAUGACCCUUCUACAUAUAGUUUCUAUUAAUUUGUGUUUUCAUUAAUAGACAAAAUCAACCCUAUGCAACGUGGGUUCCAGUGAAUCUCUGUAGAAACAAGUCAGUGAACCCCGACACUGAGCUCAAAACUGCAAACAUCUCAGUUCUGAGUUGCACAUUUGUUUUAAACAUGGGGCUUGUUUCGUAUAUUUGUGUUUGAUCCCACAGGAUUCUGGUGUGUAGUUGUAUAACUGAAUAAGUCUGGAUCUGUUUUCACU